UUCUGCCAGCUCCAUUCAGUUGCCCAGACUCCACCCCGCAAGGGAUUACGGGGUCCUGAAAAGGAGAGGAUGCUUCACCCAACCGUCACUUAGCAGGGAACUGGAUUUGGCUGCUGGAUAUUUGGGAAACGCUAAUGCUGAUCUUCUUGUGGUGUGGUGCAGUUUGUGUCUCCCUCUUAGGAGCCGCCAGCAUUCCUCCGCUGCCUCUCAACCUUGCACAAUUCGGCAACAUGAUUCAAUGUGCCAACCAUGGCAGUCGACCUUCUUUGGAUUAUAUGAACUACGGUUGCUACUGCGGUCCAGGAGGUAGUGGGACACCGGUAGACGACUUGGAUAUGUGCUGCAAAAUACAUGACGACUGCUAUGCUAGAGCCACAAAAAGCUACAGUUGCGCCCCCUACUGGACGUUGUAUAGUUGGAAAUGUUACGGAAGUGGACCCUACUGCAAUUCAAAAACGCAGUGUCAACGUUUUGUGUGUGAUUGUGACUCCAAAGCAGCCAUGUGUUUCGCCGGAGCCCCUUACAACAACGCGAACUGGAAUAUCGACACCAAGAAACGUUGCCGAUGAUAUUUGAGAGCCUUC